AGGUCCAUGCAGCCAUAUCACUCUGCUUCAUUCUGAACACAGCAUUCUGAACCAGGACAUGCUACUAACACACUUGAGUUUUGCUCAGAUUCUAUGAUUAUUGAAUAAAUUUUCUGAAGAAAGAGAAAUUAAGCAAGAGAUCUAAGAGCUUCGUUUACCAAGGAAACAAGGACACUAUGGCUGCAUUGGGGCUUGAGAUCCUGGGCAUAUCACUCUCUGUUCUCGGCUGGAUCCUCAGCAUUGUCUGCUGCACUCUUCCUAUGUGGAGGGUCACUGCAUUCAUUGGAACCAACAUCAUCACAGCUCAGGUUUACUGGGAGGGCAUUUGGAUGAGCUGUGUGUUUCAGAGUACCGGACAGAUGCAGUGUAAAGUCUAUGACUCCAUUUUGGCUCUUCCUCAAGACCUUCAGGCAGCCCGAGCUCUGACCGUAGUGGCUAUUGUGCUGGGUGUCCUGGCACUUUUGGUGUCCAUUGUCGGAGCUAAGUGCACCAACUGCAUCGAGGGCGAAGCUGCCAAAGCCCGUGUGAUGAUUGUUUCUGGUGUCACCUUCAUAACUGCAGCCAUCACGCAACUUAUCCCUAUCUCCUGGUCGGCCAAUACCAUCAUACGGGAAUUUUACAGCCCAAUUGUGCCUGAGGCCCGGAAGAUGGAGAUUGGUCUCACCAUGUCAAUGGGAAUGGAACUUGGGGGCAUUGCCCUGGGUUUAAUAGGCUGGAUCAUAUCUAUUAUAACCUGCGCUCUGCCGAUGUGGAAGGUCACUGCUUUUAUUGGAGCUAACAUCGUCACAGCACAAGUCAUCUGGGAGGGCAUAUGGAUGACCUGUGUAGUUCAGAGCACCGGACAGAUGCAGUGUAAGAUAUACGACUCAAUGCUUGCUCUUCCUCAGGACCUUCAGGCAGCCCGAGCUAUGUGCAUCGUCUCCAUCAUCCUAGGCAUGCUGGCUGCAUUGAUCUCCAUUAUGGGUGCAAAGUGCACAAACUGCAUUGAGGAUGAGGCAUCUAAAGCAAAAGUCAUGAUUGUCUCUGGCAUCUGCUUCAUCAUCUCUGGCAUUCUGACACUCAUCCCGGUAUCCUGGACUUCCAGCACUGUUGUUCAGGAUUUCUACAAUCCGCUGGUCCCGCCAACUCAGCGCAGGGAGCUGGGAGCAUCUCUGUACAUAGGCUUCGGGGCUGCCGCUCUUCUUAUCAUCGGAGGAGCAUUGCUGUGCUGCACCUGUCCACCACGUGAGAACAGCUACAAGCCCCCCAAAAAAGCAUACACUGCUCCUCGCUCUGCCAGUGGCUACGGGAAGGACUAUGUAUAAAAAUCUUUCAAAGACAGGUAAAGAUUAAAUCAAAGAAGACAAAGGAUCUUCUGAAAAGACUCCGACAUGAAGGGCUGUGUAAUGCUGUUCAUAUUUGCUUUGUUGCUCUGUUUGCAGUGUAUGUGUUCAAAAUUGCUUUCAAGAAUGUACCCUUUAAAUGUGGAUUUGCAAUGUGAAAUGGUUAAAUAUGCUGUAAUUGCUGGUGAAGAUGGUUACAUUUUUAUACACAGUUUUUCAUUUUUUUCUUCCGAUAACCUUGCCCUAUAACUAUACUCAGGAAAUAAAGAAGCACUGCUUUUUUUUUUUUUUUUUUUUUUUUACAUGUAUUUGCUUAUGGAAAUUCGACCAGGGGCCGAAACUGACUUGAAUGAAUGAUGACUAAGCUUUCCAUUGUUUUUAUUCUCUUCUACAAGGUUUAAAAAUGUAUAUGGACUUCUGUUUUCAUUCAUUUUCAUUUGCAGCCCUGCUUUUUUUUUUUUACUUUUUUGUUAAGAUUCCACUUAAAUUGUUAAAUCAUUUUAUAUGGAGUGCUAUAGGCACUACUGUUUUUCAGUAUCUUAUCUAAAUACUUACUUUUUUUUAGCAGAUACGUACUCACUAAGACUUUUGUGAUAUAUUAAAAAAAAACUGAAAAGGUGUGUGGUUUAAAUGACUGAUUAUAUUUACUUUGUUGUUUUGUAACAACAAAGAACACUGACUGCUUAAUGGUGGACUGAAAACAAAUAUACUAGCACUCAGAUCUUUAAAAAGCAGAUAUUGUUUGCCAGGGGUGGCGGUCAAUAAAAUACACCAAAGCCUUUAGAGAGCAAGGGGGGGUUUGGGGUAUAUAUAUAGUAUCUGUAGUAAGGGGGUUCCAAAUAUAUUAUAAGUCUUCUCAAAAAAGCUUUGUUGCAUGACAUAAUAUUUAUUGGUCAUCUUUCAUGUUUUUCUAAUUGAUAUUUCCAUUUAAUGAUUUUAAAUAUCAAUAAGACAAGUUAAUUCCUCUUUUUGUGUACAGUUAUUGCCUCACCAAUUGUCACUUGAAGAAGAUAAACAUGCAGUUUAUGAUGUGAAAAUAGGACAUGAAAGUGCAAGACUCUGGAAAAAACACUAGCCAUCAAUACCAUAAAUGCUGAUUAAGUAAACUUCAUUCUGUGAAACA